AUGAACUUCACGGUGGGUUUCAAGCCGCUGCUAGGGGAUGCACACAGCAUGGACAACCUGGAGAAGCAGCUUAUUUGCCCCAUCUGCCUGGAGAUGUUCUCCAAACCGGUGGUGAUCCUACCCUGCCAGCACAACCUGUGCCGCAAGUGCGCCAACGAUGUCUUCCAGGCCUCGAACCCUCUGUGGCAGUCCCGGAGCUCCACCACUGUGUCUUCAGGGGGCCGUUUCCGCUGCCCAUCUUGCAGGCACGAGGUGGUCCUGGACCGACAUGGCGUCUACGGCCUGCAGCGGAACCUGCUCGUGGAGAACAUUAUUGACAUUUACAAGCAGGAGUCCUCCCGUCCACUGCAUUCCAAGGCUGAGCAGCACCUCAUGUGCGAGGAGCAUGAAGACGAGAAGAUCAAUAUCUACUGUCUGAGCUGUGAAGUGCCCACCUGCUCUCUCUGCAAGGUCUUUGGUGCCCACAAGGACUGUGAGGUGGCCCCACUGCCCACCAUUUACAAACGCCAGAAGAGUGAGCUCAGCGAUGGCAUCGCGAUGCUGGUGGCCGGCAAUGACCGUGUGCAAGCAGUAAUCACACAGAUGGAGGAGGUGUGCCAGACCAUUGAGGAUAACAGUCGGAGGCAGAAGCAGUUGCUGAACCAGAGGUUUGAGGGCCUGUGUGCGGUGCUGGAGGAGCGGAAGGGUGAGCUGCUGCAGGCGCUGGCCAAGGAGCAGGAGGAGAAGCUGCAGCGAGUCAGGGGCCUCAUCCGCCAGUAUGGAGACCACCUGGAGGCCUCCUCUAAACUGGUGGAGUCUGCCAUCCAGUCCAUGGAGGAGCCGCAGAUGGCGCUCUACCUGCAGCUGAGCCGCUGUGGCUGCUGCAGGGUCGGGACGAUGUCGAAGGUGGAGCUGGCCGGCCGGCCGGAGCCAGGCUAUGAAAGAAUGGAUCAAUUCACCGUGAGCGUGGAGCAUGUGGCCGAAAUGCUGAGAACCAUCGACUUCCAACCAGGCACUUCUGGGGAGGAAGAGGAUGAGGAGGUCGCGGUGGAAGGGGAAGAGGGCAACGCAGGACCAGAGGAAGAGCGGACGGAUGGGCGGGAAAGUGACACUGACUCGCUCCUGUUGCGGAUCCUGCACACCCGGGUCCUGGCGCUCGGAUGGUAA